GCUCUACAUUAACCCACGAAACAACCAGAAUGGAAUUCAAGAAUGCCGUGUUCAACGCCGCGAAGGAUGGCAAACUUAAGCGCCUCAAGUUCAGGCACAUACACGGCAGUGUCGAGGCGAAGCAGAGAGGUUAAAGCCCUUACGCCUGCUUGCCUGCUGCCGUGUACACUAAGAGUCACAAAAGGAGAUCCAGAAAACUAAAACAAGAUGUGACAAUGAAAUGAAAUCAUGGCAGUGAAGCUAAAUACAAGGUUUUUUUGGACCAUCGGCCCAAGGAGGAGGUGGAGAUGCUCGUGUCUGCGACAACCAACGGCGCCACCCCGCUGGUCAUGGCGUCGCGCAACGGUCACCUGGAGGUGGCGGACUACCUCCUGGAGAAGUGCCACGCCGACAUCGAACAGGUGGGGUCGGUGACAUUCGAGGGCGAGACGAUCGAGGGGGCCCCGCCGCUGUGGUGCGCCGCGGCCGCCGGCCACCUUGGGGUGGUGCAGGGGCUGGUGUCGCAGGGCGCCCGGGUGAACGCCACGACGCGCACCAACUCGACUCCGCUGCGUGCGGCCUGCUUCGACGGGCACCUGGACAUUGUGCGCUUCCUGGUGGAGCAGGGCGCCGACCUGGAGAUUGCCAACCGGCACGGCCACACCUGCCUCAUGAUUGCCUGCUACAAGGGCCACCUGGACAUCGCGGCCUACCUGGUGUCCAGGGGCGCCCAUGUGGACCGCAAGAGCGCCAAGGGCAACACGGCCCUGCACGACUGUGCAGAGUCCGGCAGCCUGGAGAUUCUGCGCCUGCUGCUGGAGCACGGGGCCAAGGCAGAACGGGACGCCUACGGCCUCACCCCUCUGCUGGCCGCGGCGGUCACCGGGCACACCUCUGUCGUCGAAUUCCUGGCCGCACUGCCGGACUGCCCCAGGGACCAGCGUGUGGAGGCCCUGGAGCUGCUGGGUGCCACGUACGUGGACAAGCGGCGGGACUCCCCCCGGGCCCUGUCCCUGUGGCGGCGUGCCCUGGCCGAGCGGUGCACGGAGCCGCCCCUGCCCAAGCCCCGGCGGGCGCCGGCAGCCGCCUACGGCGACGCCGUGGAAGCGUCGAGCCUCGCCGACCUCGAGGACCUCCUCUGCGAGCCGGACCACAUGCGCAUGCAGGCCCUGCUGGUGCGCGAGCGUGUGCUCGGCCCGGCCCACCCGGACACAGCAUACUACAUCCGGUACCGGGGUGCCGUGUACGCCGACUUGGGGGACUUCCCCCGCUGCGUGCACCUGUGGCUGUACGCGCUGGACAUGCAGCAGCGCUGUCUGGAGCCCUUCAGCCCCAUGACCCAGAGCAGCCUGCUCUCCUUCGCCGAGCUCUUCUCCUUCAUGAUGGCUGAAGCUAGGCCUUCAAGGCCUUCGCGGCGCCACCUGGCGCCCGUCGAAUUCGCCGACGUGCUGGCUGUCUUCGAGCGGGCCGUCCUCGAGCUCCUCUCGGCGGGGCCCCAGUCACCACGCCCGCUGCAACCGCAGCCCCCAGAGGGCGUGCACCGCACCCUGGUCAUUGCCCUCCAGCUGGCGGCCCUCCUCUGCCGCCUUGAACCCCAGGACGACGAGGGCGAGCGCUUCCGCCGCGCCGCGUACCGCCUGGUCCGCCUGGACGUGCGCGGCGCCAACGGCGACACCUGCCUUCACGUGGCGUGCCGCCGCGAGUCCACCUGCCUCGGGCGCCAGACGCCGGCGCUCGGCACGGUCUGUGCCGACUCGUUCCCGGCGCCCGAGCUCGUCCGUCUGCUACUCGACGUGGGCGCUGACCCCAACGCGACUGACGACGACCUGUCCACGCCGCUGCACGUUGCGGCUCGUUCGCGGCCCUGCGCACGUGCAGCAGCAGCGGCGUUGUUGGCACGAGGCGCGCACCUGGACCGCGCAGAUCGGUUCGGCCGGACGGCGUUAGACUACGCACCGGCGCUGGUGGAGGGGAGUCCCCUGCGGUUCGCUGGGCUCCGGUGCCUGUGCGCGCGGGCCAUCGUGCGGCAGGGGGUGCCGUUCAGGGGCCUGGUGCCCCGGGAACUGGAGAGCUUCGUGCAGUGCCACUGAGUCGGCGGCCUUUGCAGCAGCAUUCGAAAGCGACGUUCCGAACUGCGGACAAUCUAAUGUGGUAGAGUCCAUGGCGGCGUCAAAACGAUUUUCUCGAGUGGAACGCUCUUCUUGUGUGAAGCGACGCAGCAUCGCAUUCUUUUAGUCAAGUAGGUUUUGGGGAAGUCAUGAUCACCUCGAAGCGACGAGAUCACGUUGUGGAACUUGGGGACGGAAAAUUUCCCGUGUGUGUGUGAGACUCGAAUGGCGUGUUUCGGGCCACCUUCUGGACGGUAUUUAUAGAUGGCGUGAAUCUACAAAUGAUGUGCCCUAAUUUUGGGCAUGUUUUGUGUUUCGAUUUAGCGUUUGCUCGUUGACGUUUGUUGGCCAGCGUCCGUCAGCCAAUGUUUGUUGACCCGCAAUCGUUGCCUUCAUAUUGGCUACUACGGUAAAGUGGAGUAAGGGCGGGAAGAUUCCUAAAGAUAUUCUUUGCAUGGAAGGCGUGCAGUGGCGAUUUAAUUUGGAAGACUUACAACUGCCUCGGCUUGCAUUUUGUCUUUUUUUCUUAGUUUCGUUGCGUGUCUCGUUUGCAAGUUAACCCACGUGUUCUCUACUAUCGAGGAGUGAUGGACUGCUGUUUGUCUCGUACGAUAUGCAUAUAUUUAAUUGUAUAAAAGCGUUAGCCGAUUCAAUUUGAGCGCCGGCCCGUGUCUCGAGAUAAAGCCAAAAGUCUCCAACGACGGUGAGAAGAGGCAAAGACCAGCCUUGAAUGGACACCCUUUAAACUUGCACUGGAUACUGGAAACGAUGUGGCCUCAUGGCCGCAUAGUUACCAGUGCACUCACUCGCAUGCCCGCCGUAGGCCUAUCGCGAGAUCAAUAAAAUAAAAAAUAGGAUGGAC